UGGUAAACAUAUACACUGUGUUGAUCAACAGAUAGGUAGAGUGUGUAAGGUGUGUGCAAAAGAAUAACAUAAAAGCACAUUUCCGCCUUGCAGAUCAGACAGUUGUUACAGAAACGUGAACUGAAACUUUCAGGAAGUGAAUUAUUGUCGUUAGUCGUUCCAACCAUGCAAUACUUGAUCGCUUUAUUCGCCAUUCUGGGAUGGUCAUCAGCCCAAUACAUCGUUCCGCAUCAGCCAAUUGCUUAUGCCCUCCAGCCACAAGCUUCGGCGCAGGUAGUGCACGAGGUGUCCUCAUUGGCUCAUCGAGCUGUAGUCGAAAAUUCGAUACGCGAAUCCCAAUUGCCUGCUGAAUUGAUACGUUCCAACAAUUUCUACAGUAAUCCGAAAACAGCCGAUGCAUUGGCUAAAGAUUCGUGGUUGACUGACAAAGAGAUGCCCGUAUUCGAUCGCGAAGCCGAGAAAAUUCCACGCGAACAAGUGUUCAAAAUAUUCAAAAAUGCCGGUUUCAUCCAUCGACGAAGAUAGAAAAACCAUCACUCGCAGCUCUGCAUCAGAAUUGGGAGUUCCUUCAGUGUAAUUUUUGUUUAUUUAUUAAAUUUUGUUUUUUAUGUUUUAAA